GUGUGGAAACGACGAUACGACGAAGCGUGUGCUGCACUCGCAGCGGGAACAGGUGAUUCGGGCGCAGUGAAAGAGGCGAAUGCCAUGCUUGUAUUGUACGACAGUCUCCAGUUGGCCCACAAGUGCAUUCUGAACUCAUUCUACGGGUAUGUGAUGCGUAGAGGGGCCCGUUGGCAUUCGAUGGAGAUGGCUGGGAUCGUGUGCCAUACAGGUGCCAACAUUAUUACGCGUGCCAGAGAAAUUAUAGAACAAGCUGAACCGUCGGUGAAACGUCAUUAUUUACGGAAAUGGCUUAAGGACUCUGCGUUAGACGAGGACACAGAUCUGCGUGAGAUUCUCGACUGGUCGUAUUACAUUGAACGACUGGGUAGUGCAAUCCAGAAGAUUAUCACCAUUCCUGCUGCCUUGCAACAAAUACCCAAUCCGGUGCCACGAGUCAGUCAUCCGGAUUGGCUACUUCGCCGUCUUGCUGAUAAAACUGACACUUGCAAACAACGCAAAUUGACAGACAUGAUGUCCCUGGCCACUAUGAAAAGCAUAGGUAUGGAACGCACGAAACCCGCAACAGACAUUGAAGAUCUGUCGUCCACUGUCUCCAGUGACGCAAUAUUUUCGGACUUAAACAAUCCCGAUCCGGCUGGGACUACGCCUCCGAUGCCGAUCGUUGUGAAAAACCGUCCUUCAGGUCGUGUCAGCCCCAUCGGCAAACGUACACGAUCUCCAUCCACUGGUGCUCCCCCUCCGCCUUGGCGCGAACAGUUGGGCGAUCCUCCAAGACUAGAUGAUGCGGACUCACAUGAAAAGUUACUUGCGUGGCUCAGUUUUCAUCAGGCUAAGUGGAAACUUCAAGCAGAACGCAGACGGUAUUUGGCUCGUCAGAAACAACUGUCCGCUCGCCACGGUAUUCAGUCUUUGGAGGAUGAUGACCUAACCGAUUGGACAUCUGCUGCCAAGCGUCAGCGGGGCAUGGAACGCUAUUUGACACAGACUCGAAUGACUUUGUGCAAUUCUGUGUGGCAGGUUAGUUAUGCAUGCUAA